AUGGCCGGGCCGGAGACCGAGACCGCUGUGCAGGUGGCGGAGAACGCGCCCAUCCGGCCACAGCAUCGCAAGCUGCACGACCCGGAUGUCAGCUUCGAGGAGUAUCUCCACUACGCGCAGAAGACGCGAGAGGAGGAGCGGACCCUCGAGAAGCCGAGGACCGCCUGGCGCCAGCUUUUGGCGGGCGAGAAAAAGAGCGCCGGGAACGGUGCCGCGGGCGAGUCGGUUGGCGUCGUCCAUCAAGACCUCGGCGAUCUCAACCUCUCUACGAGGAACAACCGGCUUCACGUCUCCGACGAGGAGUGGACAAAUGCCAGCCGGGCCCUCCGCACCGCGUCCGCAGGCGCAGCGUUCUACCUCAUCACAACCGACAUCCUCGGCCCCUUCGCCGUGCCCUUCGCCAUCGGCACGCUCGGCUACGGCCCCGGCGUCGCCCUAUUCACCGCCUUCGGCCUGUUGGCCGGCUACAGCGGCUAUCUCAUCUGGCACGUCUUCAUGCACGUCGACUCCUACGAGUUCCCCGCCCGCAACUACGGCGAUCUCGCGUUCCGGACGUGGGGCACCGUCGCCCGGCACAUCACCAACUUCCUCCAGGCCAUCGCCCUGCUGCUCCUGCUGGGCCAGGUCACCAUCCUGUUCGGCCAGAACAUCUCCCAGAUGUCCAAGUUCAGGCUCUGCUACAUUGUCUGUCCCCUGGUGUUUGUCAUUGCUGGCUUCUUCUUGACGCAGAUCCGCACCCUCAAGGCAUACGGAUGGGUCGCCACCCUCGCUAUAUGGCUGAAUUUGAUCGUCAUCUUCAUCUCAAUGGGGGUCAUGGCGCAUUCGCCUCCUAACUAUGCAAUUGCAGUGCUGGGUUCUGCAGGAAGUGCCGUCGAUCCAGACUCCAUCACUCCGGUGGACGGUGUCUACCCUCCCAUUGUUCAUUACUCCGGUCUUCCGGCAAACAACCUGGUUGGUAACAUCAACGGCCUGCUUUCAGGCGUGCUCGCGUACGCCGGCGCCCAGCUGUUUGUCGAGUUCCUCGCCGAGAUGAGACGGCCAAGGGACUUCCUCAAGGCGAUGUGGGGCGCACAGCUCUUCAUCUACACAGUAUACGUGGUGUACGGAUGCUAUGUUUAUUAUUUCCAAGGCCAAUAUACGUACAAUCCCAGCUUCCAGGGGGUCUCUGCAUACAGCUGGCAGACUGUCGGCAACGCCAUCACGCUGCUUGCCGGGUUAAUUGCCGCGGGACUGUACGGCAACAUCGGCAUCAAGGUGUUCUACAACAACGUCCUGGUCGACCUGCUGAACGCCCCACUGCUGGUUACCAAGCCAGGCAAGCUCUUCUACGCCGCCCUCGUCCCGGUCUGGUGGAGCGUCGCGUUCGUCAUCGCGGCCGCGAUCCCGGAUUACUUCGGCUUCAUCUCCGUCAUGUCCGCGUCGACGCUGCUGAACCUGACCUACACGCUGCCCCCUCUCUUCGCGCUGGGCAUGGACAUCCGCAAGAACGCCAUGCGGCCCGGAGAAGGGUUCAACCCGGAGACCGGGGAGGUGACUAGGAAUGGCACCGCCAUGCAACGGUACAUUCGCGGCUUCUUCUCUGGUGGCCCGCUCCAGCUGGCGAAAAACGUGUGGCAUGUGCUCUACUUCCUGGCGUCCUUGGCCAUGUGCGGCUUGGGCAUGUAUGCUGCUGUGCAGGGGAUGGUCGAUGCGUUCAAGCACCCGCAGCUGAACUCAUUUUCGUGUGUCUCGCCAUUAAACCUCAACGCGUGA